UCUCCUCUCCUCCUCCUCCUCUCUCUCUCUUUCUCUUUCUCUCUCUCCCUCUCUCCCUCCCUCCCUGAGCGUCCCUGUAACUGAACAGUGAAAAUUCACAUUGUGGAUCCGCUAACAGGCGCAGAUGUCAUGUGAAAACGCACAUGUUCUGCCAUCCACACAGCCUUCCUUUCUUUCCUGCCCCCCCUCCUUUUUUGCUCCUUUCCCCUCUUCUUUGUAACUAACCAAACCACCAUCAACUCCUCCUCCUUCUCCUCCUCCUCCUCCUCAGUCCAAGUGAUCACAAAAGAAAUCUUCUGAACCGGUGGUGGCAUUUUUUUUUAAGCAAAUACAUUGGAGAGAAAGACAACAAAACAAAACAAACCCAGGCACCAAUCAGGCAACAUAUUUUCACCCUUCCUGAAACAACAACAACAACAACAAACAACAAACAACAACAAAACCCCACCUGACCAAAUAGUCACCACUACCACCAUCAUUAUCAUCAUCACCAUUAUCAUCAAAACCAGUAAAGACAGCAGAGGCCUCAAUAGCCACACAGCAGCCAACACCAACAACCGGCAACAAUAACAGCCUGGGAGGGAUGGUUUUCUCGGCAGAACAGAUCUUCGGCUGCAGCCUCCACUCGUGCUGAGAGGGGAUUUUUGUGCUUUUCGAGGUGCGGGCUGGUAGCAGCUUCAUGACUGCGCGGAGUGAGCGAUCGGCAACACCAUGCGAGCACAAAUUGAAGUGAUACCAUGCAAAAUUUGUGGCGAUAAGUCCUCUGGAAUACACUACGGAGUCAUCACAUGUGAAGGCUGUAAGGGAUUCUUUCGAAGGAGCCAGCAGAACAAUGCUUCUUACUCCUGCCCAAGGCAGAGAAACUGUUUAAUUGACAGAACGAACAGAAACCGGUGCCAACAUUGCCGGCUGCAGAAGUGUCUUGCCCUAGGAAUGUCUCGAGAUGCUGUCAAAUUUGGGAGGAUGUCCAAGAAGCAGAGGGAUAGCCUGUAUGCGGAAGUACAGAAGCACCAGCAACGACUUCAGGAACAGCGGCAGCAGCAGAAUGGGGAGGCAGAGGCCCUUGCCAGGGUCUACAGCAGUAGCAUCAGCAACGGCCUGAACAACCUGAACAAUGAGACAGGUGGCACCUAUUCCAAUGGGCAUGUCAUUGACCUGCCAAAGUCCGAGGGUUAUUAUAACGUGGAUUCGGGCCAGCCAUCCCCAGAUCAGUCAGGACUGGAUAUGACUGGAAUCAAACAGAUAAAGCAAGAACCUAUCUAUGACCUCACUUCUGUACCCAACUUGUUUACCUAUAGCUCUUUCAACAAUGGGCAAUUAGCACCAGGGAUAACCAUGUCUGAAAUAGAUCGAAUUGCACAGAACAUCAUUAAGUCCCAUUUGGAGACGUGUCAGUACACCAUGGAGGAGCUACACCAGCUAGCCUGGCAGACUCACACAUAUGAAGAAAUUAAGGCGUAUCAGAGCAAGACCAGAGAGGCAUUGUGGCAACAGUGUGCUGUUCAGAUCACUCACGCCAUCCAAUAUGUGGUGGAGUUUGCGAAGAGGAUCACAGGUUUCAUGGAGCUCUGUCAAAAUGAUCAGAUUCUACUCCUGAAGUCAGGUUGCUUGGAAGUGGUUUUAGUGAGAAUGUGUCGUGCCUUCAACCCACUAAACAACACUGUUCUGUUUGAAGGAAAGUAUGGAGGAAUGCAAAUGUUCAAAGCCUUAGGUUCUGAUGACCUGGUGAAUGAAGCAUUUGACUUUGCAAAGAAUUUGUGUUCCUUGCAACUGACCGAGGAAGAGAUUGCCUUGUUCUCAUCUGCUGUGCUGAUAUCUCCAGACCGAGCCUGGCUGAUAGAACCUCGAAAGGUCCAGAAACUUCAGGAGAAGAUCUAUUUCGCGCUUCAACAUGUGAUUCAGAAGAAUCACCUCGAUGAUGAGACUUUGGCAAAGUUGAUAGCCAAGAUACCAACUAUCACAGCAGUCUGCAACUUGCACGGAGAGAAACUGCAGGUAUUUAAGCAAUCUCAUCCCGAUAUAGUGAACACACUGUUUCCUCCAUUAUAUAAGGAGCUUUUCAACCCUGACUGUACCACAGUCUGCAAAUGAAGGGGAGCACAGAGCUGUCAUGUGGUUCUGGAAUGCGUCACUCUUAAGGCAAAAGCAAUGCGCUCAUGAAGACUUAUGAAAAUGUCACUACUGCAACACUAGGAAUGUCCUGCACUUAAUAGAAUUAUUUUUCACCGCUACAGUUUGAAGAAUGUAAAUAUGCACCUGAGUGGGGCUCUUUUUUUUUGGAACUGACCAUAAAUAUACAAAUAUAGGACACUGGGUGUUAUCUUUUUUUAAUUUUAUUGGGGUAUGUUUUGGGAGACAACUGUUCAUAGAAUUUUAUUGUAGAUAAAAAAAAAUGAGAACAGAGCGGUACCUUACAUUAUUACUCUUGCUGUUUAUUGUUCAGAUAUAAUUUAAGAAAAAUUCCACUUAUUAGACUUACCUAUUUCUAUGUUUUUAGAUAGUUAAUUGCAUGUGGAAAUUUGUAGCUGUCUUGGAAAGUACUGUGUAUGUAUGUAAUAAGUAUAUAAUAUGGGAAUAUAUUAUAUAUGACUAUUACUUAUACAUGCACAUAUACUGUGGCUUAAAAUCCCAUGCCUACUUGCAAAGGAUGUUCAGUCAGGCUUUCUUGUAUUAUUUACCCUCCUUGUAACGUGUUAGCUUUAUGUUGGGUAAUCUGGAUUUUUGCUUUGCCAACCAGAGUUUAGCCAUCCAUAGCCAAUGGCAGGAUGGUAUCAACAUUCUGAAAUCCGUGUACAAAAAGUAGUGGAUACAAUAGACAGACUCUAUACUAACAGCUCUAUUUGUAGCCAUGAUACAAAAGCCUUGUCUGGAGGGUUCAAAUGGAAAGUACACUUUUUUCCUGUUCUAAGAAUCAGGCAACAGAUAAUAUUAUGGGGACCUGUGGCUGGAAAAGUUUGUGACCCCACACAAUAAAUAUUGGGCAUUUCCCACUAGAAAAUGCAACAUUUUUUUUUCUUUUUUCCCCAAAUCUCUAGUUACAAAAGUGAUUUUUGCCUCAGAGCAAAUUAUAGCAUCAAAUGAGAAAUAUAGGCUAUGGAUAGUGAUCACCAGCAAACUAAGACUCAUUUUUAAAAAGUGAUGUGAUCAAUUAAAACAUUGCCAUUUUAUGCAAAUAUUUAGGUCUGGGAACUAUUCAGAUGAAGUAAAAAUAGCAUGAGUGAGUACCAGGAAAAGAAUCGGCUCUUGGGGUUCACUAUUUUCAUAAGAAUUAGAGAGCUGCAAUAAACCUAAAUUUUCACAUAUGUACCCUCUAUAACACUGGGGGCUUCACUCUAUCUCUGCCUCUAUUUCUCUCUCUCUCAGUCUCUCAGUCUGUCUCUGUCUCUCAGUCUUUCUCUGUCUCUGCCUCCAUCUCUUUAAAACCUUCAGAUCAUAUAUUGCAAAAGUGGAACAGUAAAUAAGUUGCUAUGAAAGAGUAUUAAGAGGACAUAAUAUUUUAGAAUUAGACUAUAUUUAAAAAGUAAGGAACUAAAAUAGCAUCACUUGUUCAGCCUUUUAAAGAUAUAAAAAGUGCAUUUCAGAAUACACAAAAUCAGCCUGUGGACAUAAAUAAACAUAUACAUUUAUGUUUAUAUACAUGUAUGUUUAUUUAUUUGCAUUUAUGUACAUGUGUGUUUAUAUACAUGUAUAUGUACACUGUAGAAUCAAAUAUAUUGAUUUCAGAAUGAGAGAAGUUGGGCUGGUGGUACAUUAAUCCUCAUCUCUCCCUUUACUCCUGAUUAGAUUGUUCCACAGAAAGAAACCAAACUCCAGUAAGUCUUUUAUGCCUGUUGUCUAUGGGGUCAUCUCAUGAAAGAGCAGGUCAGGGGAGACUUGGUAUACAAAAUGAUGAAAAUCAUACCAUCCUUUUGUAAAUUAACAGAAGCCAUCAUUUCAUCAAAAGAUGGUCUUUUCUCAUGGGAGAGGAAGGGCCCACACCAGAAGGAAUUACACCUGUACCUUUUAGAUAGGUACAGUCAGUCACCAAUGGGAAACUUGGAUUUUUAGCCCUUAAACUCUCCUGAGAUUAGCUUUCUCCAGUGCAUAUAAGAACUCACAGAUAAUCAGCAUGGUGGCAUUUGCCUUUUCCACAUAGAAACAAGAGGCUUUUUUCCCCUAAUGAUUGAUGAAUUCCAAACCGAUAGGGGGAAACAAAAAAGGCUUUAAAAUAAUGAAUCUCGUUCUCAACUACUGUUAUAUUCAAUUAAUUUAACUACAUUGAACCAAAUUACCUUGGGUGUCGAAGAAGACAGCUGUAGACGGCUUAUUAUGCUGCUACAGGGACUCAAUUCUUUUUGGCGUAAAUGUCACUCCUGCUAGCGCUUUGUAUAAAGAAUUAAUUCCAAGAGUCAUAUUUCCUUCUAAUGGAAAGAUUACUUUACUGAUUGCUAGGAAAACAGGGUAAUAGAAGGCACUCCAUUAAACCAAGCCAUUUCCAAAUGCAAUAGAUGUUUUAUGAUUGGCUUGUGAUAGGAAAAGCUCUAAGUGUCUGCCUGGUGUUUCCCUUUGAGCUUUGAACUUAUGUCAAACUUUGUUUUCCUAGUUCCCCUAUCCUAGUGUUUUCCAUUGUUGGCCUUUAAUUCUUAUUCAAUUGCACUGGGAAUCAUGUGUUUCCUUCAUUUUCCCCAAGAGGUUUUUAAUUGACUCAAUUUAUGAAGAGGCAGAACAUAUGUGUGUGUGUGCAUGCGUGCGCAUGCGGGUGUGUGUGUGUAUGUGUGCGCACAUGUAAGUGUUUUUUCCUCUCCCCUGGUCCCAUGGGUGAAUCUAUAGAAGGACUGCUCCCCCACUUGCCUCUGGAGGAGAUAGCUUUGAAGUAGAGUAGUUUCCACAUUUCCUAGAGCUGGUAUGAAACUUUAAAGCUGGUGGCUUUUUGUAGCUGUGGGAUAGGGACUAAAUCUAGCUGACCCAUCAUGCGUCCCACCAGCCAAGAUAAGAGACCAAAGGAAUCAACACUCUGAUGUCCAUUUCAGGGCCUGGAAAAAAAUGAUUCAAUUUUUUGCUGUAGGAGACUGUGAAAAAUCCAAAUCUGCCCCAGAGAGGAUUGAGUUGUGCUGUAAGUAGCACUGAAAUCUGUUAUACCAUUUUGAGCACCUCUUCAAAACACAUCUGUGAAGAAACUGACACCUGAUAUGAACAACUUUCUUUCCCUUAGGCCCUAGCCAAUAGCUACACCACACUACAUCCAAGCACUUUGUCCCAUCUCCAUGAGAAUCAACAAUUGUCUGUAAUAUACUCAUGCUACAAUGAACAUGAGACAAGACAACAGAGAAGCCACAUUCUAUCUUUUUCAAUUCACUCUUUGUAAAUGACAAUCACUGCUUAAUGCAGAUGUUGCACUGUAUUCCACUCAGGGAUGUUUCAUUUUUUAAAAAUAUAUAUACAUCAAGAAUGAGGGGAAAAAACAGGAAAGAAAUUUGAACAAAAUUGUAAGCAACAAAAAUUUACUCCAAUAAGCGACUUCCCUUUCUUCCCCCCCAGACAAGGCUUUCAGGCCAGCUAUUAGACACUACAUGCUUGUAACCUGAAUUCACUGUCACAAUUUUCCUCAAUUCGCUGAAAAGUUAUAACCAUCAUUCUCCGCAUAACAUGCUGGCUAAAGACAGCUCAGCCCCCUUCUCUAAAAUCUAUUGACUAGCAAAAGAACCAAACUGCCCUGUUAAUACCACAGUUUAUCUCCCACCAAAACCAGGUUUGGCAUACAGGUCCGAAGCAAAGGGAUAACUGAUGUUAUUUGUCAGGUCAGGAAACUGAAAAUGUAGUUUCCCCAGUUGCCUGGUGGCAAUAUCGAAGGAGGAAGAACAAAAGGUAGGAGGAAAAUGGCAGAAUAAUCUAUUACAAACCUGGCUGAUUCCUUCUCACUGCCAGCUAUUAGGAUCUGAGGCUAAGUCAUAAGUGUAAUCUAACCUGGGACUCAAGUCAUAUUGGACAAAAAAAAAUCGUUUUCCAAGUUAGCUUUACAACUAAUUCCACUAAAGGCUUUUUAGGGUAUCAUCCCCAUGGGUCUAUGCUAUAGGACUGUUUCAAAGUGAGACCAUGUGUUUAGAGUUGGAAAGGACCUUAGGGGUCCCUUUAUAGAUAAGAAAAUCAAGGCCAAGGCAGAUGAAGUGGUUUUCCUGACAUCUCUCAUAGGGCAGUCAGGAUACAAAAGUAGGUGUUUGGACUCCAAAUUCAACACUUUAGAUCACUUUGGCAAAUUCUAGGCAACUAGAUCCCUUUGGUGGAAUCCAAGGCAACCAAAUACUAUGGUAACACUUAUUAUUUAUCAGAUGAUGUUAUGGCAAGAUUCAGUAUAAACUGUUUAUUGGCAAUUUUCCUUAUGGUUAUUUCAUAGUACUUAGAACUCUGCAGCAUUUCAAGUCAAACCAGAAAUGGAAAAGAAUUUUAGGCAAUUAACUACCCACGUGUCAAUGGAUAUGAUGCCAGAAUUCCAACAGAAUGCUAGUGUCCCAAGGAUUGAUUGUUGUUAAUCAUUCAGUCGUGUCUGACUCUUUGGGACCCCAUGGACCAUAGCACGCCAACACUGUCCAUGGGGUUUUCCUUGACAAGGAUAAUGGAAUGGUUUGCCAUUUCCUUCUCCAGUGGAUUAAAGCAAACAGAGGUUAGGUGACUUUCCCAAGGUCCAGUAAGUAUCCGAGGCCAAAUUUGAACUCAGGUCUCCCUGACUCCAGGCUCUAUCCACUGAGCCAUCUGGCUGACUUUAAGCUUAUUCACUGCUAAAGCAAUUAACACACCAGCCAGACUACCUGAACUGCUGCCUGGCCUUGUGGGACCAUAGACAGCUUCUGUCCAUCUUUGCCUUUGUUGUAGAUAUUUCUUCCAUUCUGUUUACAGUCGGAAGAAUUCCCUUGCUAAGGGAAAAGCAGAAGAAAGAAUUAAUCAGUAAUUAUUUUCUUCAAGGGAUCUUUGUGUCCAAAGAGGUUAAAACUACUGACAGUUUAUUCAGAAGCUGAUGCAUACAUACUUACAUAUUCCAGGUCAUGCAAACAGACAACUACAUAGUAAGACUGGCAGGAGACAUCAGUAGAUAGAACAGCAAUAACCUUUAAGGUAUCUGUUUGUAAUGAAUAUGUUUUGCACUCUGUCUCCUAUAAAAUAAAGACAAAAAGCCACCAUCUACCAGAGAUGUAACACCAUGUUACAUAUUUCUUCAAACUACUGGAGAAAGCUGCUGCUGAUAAUAGAGGAUACUAUUGAAGAGAGGAAGCAUUUAGUUGUUUCAGAAAGUGGCCACAGCCCUUGCCUAUUAUAGCCACAUGAGCACGGUCCAUUGAAAGUAGCAUUUUGUUCAAUGCGUCCUAUUUCAAUGGACCACCUCUAUAAAGAUACAACACAGAAUGACAGCAUAGUGGGAUUUUUUUUUCUUCCUUUUUUUUCUCAAUUUGGUUUCCAUGUUGGUCUAACACUAUUGGAAACAGUAAAUUCCAACAGUCUAGAGACAGUUAGAAACCAGUUGGACAAUUAGAAAACAGACUGAUGGGUAUUUGAUUUAAUGGUAACUACUAAAAAGCACUUCUUUUUGUCUUGACUAGCCUCCCAGCUUAAUAAAACCAAGUAACUAGAAACACUGGCAGCUUCUUCUGAGAUUCAAAUGCACUAUGUUUUGUUUGAGUGUGUGUUUUUCUUUCAAUGUGUCUGUGUAGGACUUUCCCUUUUUAUCUGAAGAUUUAAUAAUAGAAUAAUACUCAUUUAGCCCUCCACUGUUCUUUAGUGUGGACCUUGCAUUCUUGGGCAGCAGAUGGGGAUUUUGUUCAUGCACUUUUUUUCCCCAAGACUCUGAAUUACCUAUCAAGUAAAUUGGGUAUAAUAAAUAAUCUUUGCCUCUUGCAUGACUAUAAGUGUGACCUCCAAUAAACCAGAGAGAGCAGGUCAGUGAUUGUCCUUGUGGCCACAAAUAAAGCACAAGAGAAAACUGGAUUAUGUCUGCAAAAUCUAGAUCAUUGAAACAAGGGAUGCUCUCACCCUAGUUGAGAAGAGUGAACAACAUAUUAAAUAAUGCUAUCGUGGCUGUAACCUAUGGAAAAGAUGUGCAUACCUAUGUAGAUAUUUACAGUGCAUGCGUGCACAAACAUAUAUACACAAAUUAGGUAUCUGGAAAGCUACAAAAUCCUGUCUUCAAUCACUGUACCAUCUGUCUCAUCUGACGAACACUAAAGAAAGUAAUGGGGAAGGGGACACAAAAAAAACUGAGUAUGUAUUGUAGAAAUGUAGAGGAAAAAUAAAAAUAUUUUUUCAGAUGUAAUUACUUUUAAUAUAUGCUUGUGGAAGGUCUAAUACAAUGUACACUGUCUCUGUAAUUUUUGCUGUAAAUAACUCAGGACAGUGAAUACAUUGAUUUUUUCUAUGUCUCUGUUUAAGUAUAAGACUUUGUAACAAUUUUUUUAGAGGGGAAAAGAACACCAACAAGCAAAUUCUGUACUUGCUUCCUAUGAGUGUCAUGUGCUCCUCAGUUUUUAAUGGAAACUGACUGGGAUAUACGGAAGCAUUCUGACCAGCUAUAGGUUUUAUGUGUACGCCUCUGUUUGUAUGCCACCAACUCUACAAGGCUGUCAAUGAAAUCUGCUCCCAGGGAGUCUGGGUGCCGAAUAUCAUCCUAGGAUCUGCAAAACUCAUCUGAACCAGACAAUUUGAAAACUAACAAAGAGAAGAACAAGCAAAGGUUGCCCGAGCAAGUACAUCUGUCCUUGCAGCAUUUAGCUUUUUUAGAUUUUUCAGUAUGAAAUAUCUGAAGGAGAAGGUCUGCUUUCUGACGAGCAAAUAUUUUUGUACACACUCAUUUCUUAUUAAAAACCUGAGGUCAGAUCACUCUUUCACUGUAAUCUGAAGCCAUAACUGACCUUCACCAAAUAAAAUGUUUUCAAGAACAUAGGGGAGGGUUUGGGAGAGGUUGAGGGGAAGGGAGAACCAAGAUAUCAAUGGCUAUAGCAACACAGGCAGGAGCAAGUCCAAUGCACUUGGAUGCUUUUCCUGCAUCCCAAAUAUAACUUUAAAUCACUAGUAUUUUAUGAUGAUCGAUUUAUAAAAAAAAAAAAAGAUAUUUAGAUUUAAAUGAAUCUUUCCAAUAUUUUUGAAAUCCCUGACAAUGCUUCCUUGCUUUUAGGAUUAUGAGAGAAAAUGAUUUUCAUAUACUUCCAACUUUCAGAGGUUUAAUGUUUUUUAUCUUAUUUCCAACUGCUCUUGGUAGGGUAAAGCACGACAUUGAGUCCCCCAGCUGUUCAAACCAUGGGCUAUUUGGUGCUUGGCUGUAGAUAUUCGUCAUUGCUGUAUCUUAAGGGGUGGGGGAGGGGAGGGGUGUGGUUUGCUUCUCUUACUAAGCAUGCUCACCACUAUUGGUAAUGUACAAAAGCUGCAUUGCCAAAUGAAAAGUAUGUAAAAAAAUAUAUAUUAUUCACUCUAAAAAAAAAAGCAUAACAAGAAAUACCUUCUAAAGAAAAAUGCCUCCUAUAGUCAACACUGAUUUUUUUUCUGAAGCUUAAUUGUAUUAUAAUAAUGUAUUUUUAUUGGCCUAUAGAGGUCAAAGGCAAACCACAAAUGAAUCCAGUGACAUAUAUAGUUUUUGAAUCUGCAGUUUUCUGAUCUCUCUCUCUCUCUCUCCUUGUUUAAUAUAUAAGCCCUAAUUUAUGUGUAUGUGAGUAAAACUACAGCCUGAGUCAUUUAGAAAGUAAGCAUUGAGGUUUUUUUAAUCAUAAAUAUACUAGAAUACAACAGCACUCCCUGUCAGAUAAAAAGGUUUUAUAUUACUUUAGAAUGUAAUAGGUUUUCGUCUUAUUUUAUGUCUUGUAAAUUAUUAGUUGAAUACUGUUAGCAUUCCAUGAUAAUGCACACAUGAUUUCUGAAUGUUUUCUGUAAAUGACAAUCAAUGUUUAUGAAGUUCCUUUAAUGCUGAACAAAAUUAAAAAACGA